AUGAUUAAGAAUAAAAUCUUAACAGAGUUUAAAAACUUCUAAAAAAAUAAAAAAUAAUUUUCCUUUUAGUAGUUAAUGUCUCAUACCGAUAGUACAAAAACAUCAGGUUAAAAAGUUAAGAAAUCUUUAAUCAGUCCUUUAAAAGAAGCUCUUAAUUAGGUCACAAAACAAUAUAGAUUCUACAUUUCUAAUGAAGAAUAAAUCUUUGAUGUAGUAAUAGAUGUAGCUCCUCAUACAGAGCUAGUAGAUGCUAUCAACCGUGUUUUAUAAAUAGCUAGCAAAGAUCAUCCAUUUGAUUAGAAUCCAAGAAAUUAUGAAGCCUAUAUAGCAAAGAAGAAUGGAAAACCUAAAACUGAUUUUCCUUCUUACUAAAUAGACCUCUAAUUAGACUAAACUCAAAAUUCUAUAUUCUCUCUUGUUCAUAUGACAUUUUAAGAAAGAAAACCAAAAAGAAAAUCUACAUAUGAUUAUAGCAACAAUUACAGCCCAAUCAAACCUUAGUAAUAAAAAGAUAUUGAUGAAAUCAAAGGAUAAAAGAAUUGGUUUCUUAGAUUUUUGGGUUGUGCUUGA